CUCUCCUCGGUACUUGUCCGCCUGCUCUCCUGCAGCACAGCCAGUCCGCCUCAGCGAACCCAGCGCGCUCACACACAUUCACACACACUCACACACACACAGCCUCCACUCAGACUCGGUCGCUUCCAUGACACACGCACGCACUGCGAGUUCAACAGGAACAAAUGAAAAUGUCUUUCUGCACACAUGAGAACCGGAAGUCCCGGGUCAGCUCAGCCGCCAUGAACAUCUAUCUGUUUCACAAGUCCUCCUACGCCGACAGUGUUCUGAUGCACCUCAACUCCCUCAGGCACCAAAGAUUGUUCACCGAUGUCCUCCUCCAUGCUGGAGACCGCUCCUUUCCUUGCCAUCGAGCUGUCCUUGCUGCCUGCAGUCGCUACUUUGAGGCCAUGUUCAGCGGAGGCCUGAGGGAAAGCCAAGCCCGUGAGGUGGACUUUAAAGAUACCGUCCACCCCGAGGUGCUGGAACUUCUGCUGGACUACGCCUACUCUUCUCGUGUAGUCAUCAAUGAGGAAAACGCAGAGUCGUUAUUGGAGGCUGGGGACAUGUUGGAGUUCCAGGACAUUCGCGAUGCAUGUGCAGAGUUUUUAGAGAAAAACCUUCACUCAUCUAACUGCCUUGGAAUGCUGCUCCUUUCAGAUGCUCAUCAGUGCACCAAACUCUACAAGCUUUCUUGGAGCAUGUGCCUCAGUCAUUUUCCUGCCAUCUGUAAGACUGAGGACUUUUUGCAGUUACCCAAGGACAUAGCCAUCCAGUUGCUUUCUCAUGAGGAGCUGGAAACUGAAGAUGAGAGGUUGGUUUAUGAGGCCGUUCUCAACUGGGUUAACUAUGACCUGGAGAGAAGGUAUUGCCACUUGCCGGAACUUCUGAGGACAGUUCGCCUGGCCCUUCUGCCAGCCAUCUUCCUCAUGGAGAAUGUUUCCACAGAGGAGCUUAUCAUUGCCCAGACCAAAAGUAAGGAGCUGGUCGAUGAGGCCAUACGCUGCAAGCUGAGGAUCCUCCAGAAUGAUGGCGUCGUUAACAGUCCAUUAGCCAGACCUAGGAAGACUAGCCAUGCCUUGUUCCUUCUAGGUGGCCAGACCUUCAUGUGCGACAAGCUCUACCUGGUAGAUCAGAAGGCCAAAGAGAUCAUUCCCAAAGCUGACAUUCCCAGUCCAAGGAAAGAGUUCAGUGCUUGCGCCAUUGGAUGUAAAGUGUACAUAACAGGGGGAAGAGGCUCAGAGAAUGGAGUCUCCAAAGAUGUCUGGGUCUAUGAUACGUCCCACGAAGAGUGGUCUAAGGCUGCACCUAUGCUCAUUGCCAGAUUUGGCCAUGGCUCAUCAGAACUCAAGCACUCUCUGUACGUUGUAGGUGGGCACACAGCUGGCAUAGGCUGCCUCCCUGCCUCCCCCUCUGUGUCACUCAAACAAGUUGAAAAGUAUGAUCCAAUCACCAAUAAAUGGACCAUGGUUGCUCCUUUGAGGGAAGGAGUGAGCAAUGCAGCAGUGGUCAGUGUCAAACUCAAGCUCUUUGCCUUUGGUGGCACUAGUGUCACCCAUGACAAGCUGCCUAAGGUGCAGUGCUAUGACCCUCUAGAGAACCAGUGGACAGUGCCCGCCUCGUGCCCGCAGCCGUGGCGCUAUACGGCAGCUGCUGUCCUCAACAACCAGAUCUUUGUCAUGGGUGGGGACACAGAGUUUUCUGCAUGUACAGCAUAUAAGUUUAGCACUGAUAGUUACCAGUGGACUAAAGUAGGGGAUGUCACAGCCAAACGUAUGAGCUGCCAGGCUGUAGCCUCUGGGAAUAAACUGUAUGUUGUGGGCGGCUACUUUGGCACACAGAGGUGUAAGACUCUGGACUGCUAUGACCCUACACUGGACGCAUGGAACAGCAUAACCACUGUGCCCUACUCCCUCAUCCCCACAGCAUUUGUCAGCACCUGGAAACAUCUUCCUGCCUGAGGAGUCAGCGCUGUGGCUUUCAAAGUGGACUGGAGCUGUCGAGUGUUAACUGUGAAGAGGCGAGGCUUCCUGACAAGUGAAGAAGCUGAACAACUGCUCUGCAGAUGACUAACUGAAUCCACACAGCUCUGUUGGACUUAAAGGCCUACAGUGUUUACAUGAAGGAUGAAUAUUUUUUUGUCUGUCUUUUGUCUUUUUUUGUCUCAUUUUUUUAGACUCACCUAUAAAGACUCACUUCCUUAGUACACCAUGAAAGGGAAAAACAAACUUGCAUAUGUGUCUGUUUUAAUCACUGCAUUCCCACUAGCAUCAAAAUAGAAGAGAAUGUAUUGCCAAAUAUGUGAGAAAAUUACAGCUGUCCUCUUGGGAUGCAAACACACGGCGUCAACACCUCUCACACAUGCAGCCUUUUCCACAAAUGUAUCACAGCUUUUCUGUGUGGGCGUCAUGUGGGAAGGAAAGCUGGGGUCAAAUGUCAGGAAAUUAUUUGUAGACAUUUAGUACUACCAGUGCGAAAGGCCAGACACCACAGGUGAAUAGGAAAAAAAAACUUUUCAGUGAGUCAGAAUGAUGCUGUUGAUUCUGUCAGUUCUGUUGAUCAUUAACACAAAUGCAAACACUUUCUGUAUCAUUUUACUUAUGUUGUCAGUAUCCAUUCAAAUGAGGUAGCCCUAACCCUUACAAAAAAUGUGUGAAUUUGCAUAUCAGAACACCUUUCCCCUAUGUGCAUAAAAUCAGGGUGUGUUUUACAUUUUCAUAUUAGUAAGAUGCUAAAAAGACAUAGUCUGUAAAUUUCCAGUUAUUUUUUAAGAAUCAGGAAGUCAGUUUAGUGGCUGUAUCUACAAGUUCAGUUGAAAUAGUUUUGCAUACAUUUCUUGAAGCUUUUUCCGGGCUUGUACUUGACACUGCUGGUAUAAAUCUGUUGUUCUGGGGGAUUUUGAUCAGUUUUUACAUUUAAUGAAAAAACAGAGCAAAAGAAUGUAUCUCAAAACAGAGCAUUUUCACCUGUGGUGUCUGGCCUUAAAACAGAUUCAGGAUGUGAACUUUGUGUUAUCUAAAAUUAACUGAACUGAAAUUUAGCUCCUUAGCCUAGGCAUAUGAAGAAAUUGGUCCACUUACUUUGAUUGUCAAUAACAUUCCAGCCAAGUGAGGUGUGCGGCACCUCUCCCAACCUUAAAAUGGAAUUAGGAAAUGGAACCAGGAUUUGCAAGAGCGACACAUUUUUUUAUACUCUUCAAACGGCUUCAAAAAGGACAAAAAGGUUUUAUGUGCAGUGAAUUAAUAGGAAAAUCUUCUCUGAAGUGAUUUUUUCCCCCAUUUUCUUGUCUUUUCCACAGUAUUUGUUGGGUUUUACUUCAUGAUAAAGUAACUGCACAUUUACGUCUUCACCCAGGAGUGUUUCUUCGUUUUCUUACAAAAGAGAUGAUAAAUGAAUUCUGAAGCAUCAAAAGCUGACAUUUACUCUGGAAAUAGGCUAGUUCAUGCUCAACCCUGUUCUCUAAAAUGUGCUGUAGCCUGUGGCUGUUGGUGUGUAGUGUUGUCAGUUGUGUUGAGUUGUGUUACUUUGUGAGGACCUUACAUUGACCUAAAUGCAACCCGCAACUAACUGUUUCCUUAAAGAAUAAUCUGUGUCAUUGUCACUUGUCAUGAUUUAACCAUUUUCAGUUCAUGAAAGCUUGACCAUUUGCUCUCUGUUGGGAAAGCAAGUGAUUCAGUUCUGGUUUGUUUCACAUAAACGGAAGAACAACUGAGUAGUUAUGAGCAGCGAUAUCCAUUAUGGCUGAGAUAUUUUUUUUUAAGUAUCAUUGAAACUUUGGCUGUGGACACUUGUCUUUUCAGUGCGACUUUUGUGAUCGGAUGCCCCAGAUUGGAACUCAUUGUGCCCAUAUGCUGUCCAUACAUCACUGAGAUCCAAACUCAGCACAGGGUCUGGCUGAUUGGAUCUAAAUGCAAGAGAUAGCCAGUCUCAGAACAGACAGACUUGACAGUUAAUGCGUCCCGGCAUGAUCGGAAGUCAAACUUUGUGUUGAAAAGACAAGUGAGACCACAGUCUUUGUUGCAUUGUUCAUUUGGUUCAGUUUGCUUUCAAAAAAAAAAAAUUCAAACGAGCCAAAAUGCAUCAACCAAAGCCAUGUGGUAGCUGUCAGCCUGCUCAUUGGUCAGGGUCAGACAUCUCCAGGUUGAAAGGCAGAGAAAGGAAGUGUAUAUUUCAGGAAUGAUUUUUCCUUUGACUUUAUUGUAUAAAUUCAUGAUCCAACAUGGGCCUGGAGCACCAUCAGCAGCUUUGGCAUUUCUUCAUUAUCAAUGUGCGAAAAUACCAAGAACAUUUCCUUGUUCCUCAAUGUCAACCCUCCAUUCAUUUGGUUCCUAUGUUGCUAAUGCUACCAAGACACUUCUUCCUGUCCAUAAUGCACAGCUGAUGCUGCCUUCACUGGAACUCCUGAGCCUGUGGGUGCCAUAUGGGAAGUCAUGUGCAUGACGCACAAACUCUGAGCUGUCAAAAAAUUUCCACUUCCAAAGUCAUGAAUACCACAGAAGGGGGGGUAUUCAUAUGGACUCUUCUCAUAAACAUGACCCCAUCUGAUGGCAGCGUGGACUAUGGGAGCUGCUUCAGCCCGAAACACCCCGGUAGUUGGCUUGAGUCUCGGUCGGUCCAAGUUAUCACCACAAUCAUAAGGCUCUAAGUUUGUUUGUAACCAAGACCACUUCAACAGGGUCUUGGUCCAGUUUAUGUGUCCUGAACCAAGCGCGAUUGCUAGUUUCACAGCUUCCCAAAUGGAUGGCACCAAAAGAGGGUAAACACACCAGAGUUUGAGUACGAUUCAGACCGAACAAGGCAAUGUGUGAAAAGUCCUCAAAUUUCAUAUUGGACAAAAAAACAACAGUCUCGCAGGUUACCACUUUAACCUCAACGCUGAGCAUAAUCCUAAUUUCUAGUGCUGAACUCAAAUCCUGCUAAAUUAACAUGUUUAAGAGAUAACCUCACCCCACAAAAAUGUCUUAAGGUCUGAAACACAAGCUGGUUCUCACAAGGAUAGAAGGCAAAGAACAGCCACAUGCGGCCUCGGCCUCCAUCAGCCAACACUUCACUAACCAAGUCUCUGUAAUGCUCAGCGGUCAGCUAGCCUUUGCUCAUCUCUCAGCAUCAGCCUCACGGACCAUUUGUGUUAUCCUGCUCUCCUUGACUUGGCCAUGAUGUGCUACUGUUAACAAUAUAUUAUUGUACAGAAAUAAUGACAUCAUUUUGUAUGGUAUGCAUUCCAUUUUGUCUACUGGAGGUCAUCAUUUUGUACAAGUGGAUUUGUUUUCACAAUGUGAAAUUCAUUGCUAAUAAAGAGUUUUUUCCUCUUGGCCAAGCCC